AUGGGGCCCUGGGCAGGCCUCCUCCUGGUCCUGCUGCUGCAGCUGCUCAGUGGGGCACGAGGGGAUGUGCUAACUGCAGUGUGCGGCCACUCCGAGUUUGCCGGGAGGAUCGUGGGCGGCCAGGAUGCCCAGGCAGGAUGGUGGCCGUGGCAAGUCAGCCUGAGGAUGACCUCACAGGGGCACAUAUGUCGGGGCUGCCUCAUCCACCCACGCUGGGUGCUCACAGCUGCCCACUGCUUCCUCAGGUCUCCCAACCCCCAGCGCUACCUUGUUAAAGCUGGAGGACUGACCCUCUCCCUUUUGGAACCCAACUCGGCCUCUGUGACUGUGAGGAAGCUCUUUGUCCACCCCUCAUACUCCAGGCAGGAUAGGUCCAGUGGGGACAUCGCCCUGGUGCAGCUGGACACCCCCGUGCAACCCUCCCAGGCCACCCCCGUCUGCCUCCCAGCAUCCCAGGUAACCGGCUAAGGGUCCACCCAGGAGAGAGUCCUGGCGGACACCCUGCAGGAGGUGGCUGUGCUGCUCUUGAACUCAGAGGAGUGUGAGCGGCUGUACCACCUGGGGGACACCAGCCUGGCCGGGGUGCGUCUCAUCCAGGAUGACAUGCUCUGCGCCAGCUUUGAGGAGGGCAAGAAAGAUUCCUGCUAGGGGGACUCCGAGGGACCUCUGGUCUGUCCCAUCAAAGACACGUGGAUCCAGGCUGGGAUUGUGAGCUGGGGAGUCGGCUGUGCUGGGCCGAACCGGUCUGGUGUCUACACACGCGUGUCCACAUACACCGAGUGGAUUCAGAGAAACCUGAACGAUUCCACACAGUCGAGGGCCUCCGGGUCCCACUUGGCAUCACUGCUGGAGUGCUGUUUGCUGAGGGCUUACCAGGCUGUCACCCCACGUCCCCACCCUGGCAUCACAGCAUCCCAGGCAGCAUCUCUCCCAGGCUUCGGGGCAGAGGGCCAGGGCCUGCCCACCUCCACCAACCCCUCUUCUCCUCAGCUCAGGAGUGUCCAGCUGGCUGUGCCCAGAGAGCCUCUGUUGGAGCUGCCCUCGCCCGCCUUCCUCCUGACCCCGAGGCCCAGGUCCUCAGGCAUCUGGCACCAUGCUGCUGGCCCUGACCCUUGUCCUCCUCACGAGUCCUGCCUGCCGCACGUAGGAUGCGGAGAGCAACCCCCACAUCUCCUGCCUCCCUUCUCCAUUAAUACGAACCUUCUCUGCCGAGAUGCAGGGCUGGGAGGCGGUUCCUACUUCUACGUCCCGUCCCGUGGGAAGAGCUGGGUGAGAUCCAGCAUCCGCAUCUUCGUGGGGAUCAUUGGCGUCAUCAAGGGACAGUUUCAACCACGGGGGGCCCUGCAGUGGGUCCUGCCCCCACACCUCAGUGUCCUCCACCGCAACACUCCCUCCACCUCACUGGGCUGCACCGGACCUGCUGGAGCAGAGAGGACAUGA